AAAAAAUUUUCCGUUUCUUUUUAUCCCGCUAUUAACAAUAAUCUUAAUAAUCAAUACGCAAAUUGAAAAACAUAAUGAUUUAUUGUUGCUCUUUCAUCAUGCGUGAAUCAAAAACGCCUCGCGUCUCUGCUGCGCGUUCUAGUCCGACUGUUGUUCGUGGAUGCUCUUCAUCUGUCUUCAUCUGUAGGCUGGCGAAUUUUUAUCCAUAUCUCUACCGUCGAUUAUUACUCUGCUGCUGUCAAAAGCAACAUCAUCGAAUGACAUUGAUUACGAGAAUGGAUUUCGUCUCUUUGGUACUGUCCAUAUUUUACUAUUUUGUUGUGAUUUUUCUAGUUCUGUCGAUACUUUAUAGUCAAUAUGAUGUUUAUCAGAAAUUUAAAAAUAUUCCCCAAAUCGACAAAUAUCCUCUUGGUGACACGUUUGAGCUAAUGAAUCUGUCAAACCAUGAAUGUACGAAAAAGCUAUUAACGUAUUUGGAGAAGAUGAGUAAAGAAGAACUGUUCAUAAAAUGGAUUUUUGGCCAACCUUUGAUUACCGUGUUAAAACCAGAAUAUUUAGAGCUUAUUCUUUGCAGCACUGUAAAUAUUACAAAAGGGAUGCACUAUAAACUACUGGAACCCUGGUUAGGCAACGGACUUAUAAUAUCUACAGAUAAACAAUGGUACCACGAUAGAAAACUCAUCUGGCCAACAUUCCAUUUUAGUAUAUUAAAUCAAUAUGCUGUGAUUCAGUCUGAAAAAGCAGAAAUUUUAAUAACGUGUCUCGAAAGGAAAAUAGAGAAAAAUCCAGGGAAAGCCAUUGAUAUUUGCCCUUUUAUUUUCAAUGCUGCUCUUGAUAUUAUCUGUGAAACGGCAAUGGGUGUGGAUAUACGUGCUCAAGAAGUCGAAACCAAAUAUACAUCAGCAGUACACACAAUAUCCUGGUUAAUAAUGACACGAAUUUUUCGACCUUGGUAUUGGAUUAACUGGUUGUUCUAUUUAUCACCAAGAGGAAAGCAAUAUAAAUCAAAACUUGACACAUUGCACGAAUUUACGAAACAAGUGAUACGUAAGAAAAAGGCUGAAUGGCAAUUGCGAAACGACUAUUCAGAACCCGAAAAUGAGGACAAUGAAUUUAACAUUGGUAAGCGGAAGAAAAAAGCGUUUUUAGAUCUAUUAUUAGACCAGAAUGCGAAAGACGGUUCUCCCUUGACCGAUGAUGAAUUGAGAGCGCAGGUUGAUACGUUUAUGUUUGGGGGACAAGACACAACUGCAAUUGCGAUAAUCUGGACACUCUUUCUCUUGGGCAAUAAUCUCGAGCAUCAGGAAAAAGUUCACAAAGAACUCGAAGAAGUUUUUGGAGUUUCGGAGACACCAGCUAGCGUAAAGGAGCUGUCGCAACUAAAAUAUCUCGAUAGAGUUAUGAAAGAAACGCUUCGAAUAUUACCUAGUAUACCUGUGAUCACGAGAAAAUUAACAGAAGAUGUAAAAUUGGGUAAAAAUAUCCUUCCAAAAGGUUAUACGGUCGUAAUAGCAAUAUUGUUUGUACAUCGAAACCCGGAGAUUUGGCCGGACCCAUUGAAGUUCGAUCCGGAUCGCUUCCUUCCAGAAAACUCGAAGCAUAGACAUCCAUAUGCCUUCAUUCCGUUCAGCGCUGGACCGAGAAAUUGUAUAGGCCAGAAAUUCGCUUUAAUCGAACAGAAAAUCGUGUUGACUGCUGUUCUCAGAAAGUGGAGGGUGAAAAGUGUGAAAACAGUCGACACAAUCAAGUAUGGCGGCGCUCUCACUUUGCAACCCAGAGAGGAAGUACUUAUACAUUUCUCUCCUAAAAAGUAAACAAUUUUGUAACAGAUACAUGUUUUUUAUGAUCUUUUUCUUAUUAAUACUUUUACGUACAUAUACAUAAUAAACGUUUUCUUGCACAUAUUUGUGGGAUUUAGAAAGGAAGCAAUUAUAUCUAUUUGAAUUCGGGCAUUAGACCUACUUAAUUUUUACGGGCUUGAAUGUAAGGUGCGAUCAUAAUAGAAAACGGCAAGGAUGAGACAGUCGUUAACCAAGCGUCAAACUAGUUAGUCGACCGAGCAAGUACUAAGCAAAAAUAAAAUAAGAUUAUUCCCGCGAACAAUGUGACGAGUGAGCGAACGUUGAAUCUCUGAAACUUUGUAACUCUGAAAUCUAAAAUACAAUACGUUUAAAUUGAGAUUAUAAAAAAUGUUUUUGUUAAAAUCCUACAUAUGUGUGAAUAUGAUAUAUCUGUCCAAACAUUUGAAAGAUGCAUUACGACUCUGAUUUUUUCUCAAAGUGCUAUAUUUCAAGAUUAUAUCCUACAAAU